AUGGUCGUCUUUACUCACGACAUCGCCCCUGACGGGGAUAUUUAUAUUGUCCUAGAGGAAGCCAACUCGAUGCUUACUACUCCGACCGUUGACCUCCGCCACAUGAACGUUGAUUCUCCCGAGUUCAGCCCUGAUCCUGCUGAUGUGAACGUCCCAGAAACACCGUCUGGGCUUGAGCUCCCCGAUGUUCCAGAUGUGGAUACCUUGAAGUGUCGAUUUCGUGUCUCAUCUCAUCAUCUGACCUUCGCCUCUGCGAUUUUCAAAACGAUGUUCACUGGUCCCUGGAAGGAAUCAGCGCCAGCUGGAACAAGUCUCCCCGAGACGGCACCAGAGACCCCAGCGGAAACCGCAGAAGCUUCCGCCGUGCGUGAGAUCUUAACAACAGGCUGGGAUGUACACGCCUUCGUCACGGUACUCAGAAUCAUACAUGGUCUCAAUUACCAAGUGCCGGAAGCCUGCGUCGAGGCUGUGUCUACUGCCGCGAAGCUUUGGAAACCGCCAUUCCUCAAGUCCGGUGCGCUCAACCUUAGGGGAAAGGUGUCGAUCAUGUGGUUGUGGAUUGCUUGGGUUUUUUCUUGGCCCUCUGAGUUCAACAGAGCAGCUUACGGGCACCUGCGGUAUAGCCAAGGUCUGGAUCUUGUUGAUACCCAUGACCUCCCAAUUGCUAUGAUUCUUGAAAAGCUGGCGAAGAAGAGGGAGUGGUCUUUGGAGACUUUCUCUGCCAAACUCGUUUCACUGCGAACGGAUCACCUGGAUAUCCGCGCGGGCUGUGAUCGACGAUGUAGGCACAUAUUGCUCGGUGCAAUUCAGGACGCUGAGUACACGAUGCACAACAAGCUUGUGAUUUCUGGCCCACCAUACUAUUGGAUCUCUAUUGGGGAGAUCAAUGAUAUCUGGGAGGACAUUGAUUCAGAUGAUUGUCGUGAUAGCCGGGAAAUAAAGCGAGGUUUUCCUCGCCCCUGUGGUCUCAAGAAGCUGAUGAAUCCAACUUUCGAUGAGAUCGUCGCCGAGUUCAGCAAGAUCAACAUCGCUGAUUUUCAAGCUAAGAAGGUCUGA